AUGCAAUGUAUAGAAAACUGUGAUGAUGUAUCUGCAGCAAAUCGCGUGUAUUACUCGCAGCCAGUUUGGCAGACAUUGCAAAUGUUCAUGGGUGAGGCAUGGUGUUUGGCGAUUUAUGGCCUGAGCACCAUGCGACAAAAGUACCGAGACAAACAAGCAAGCAACAAUGGUGAUCAACGUGAGCGAGAGGUGCUACUCAUUUCAUCUAAUUCUCCUUCGCAACCCUCGUACGGCACCAAUAUCCCGUAUUCUGCAUUAGGAGCAUGCACGACCGACAAGCCAUGGUACAUUCGGAGUCUCGAGUUUUUCUUUCCAGCGACGUGCGAUAUUCUCGCGACUACACUCAUGAAUCUAGCGCUUUUAAUUAUGCCUGUAAGUGUGUUCCAAAUGACUCGAGGUGCAUUGGUAAUGUGGGUUGGGUUGCUCAGUGUGAUUUUCCUUCGCUACCACAUGCUUCUUUACGAAUGGCUCAGUCUCGUGCUUGUUAUGGUCGGUGUUUGCAUUGUUGGGCUCAGUAGCCUUCUUCAGUCCGCCCAGUCAGACACCAACUUGUAUAUACUUGCGUUACUGAAGACCAAAUCGCAUGAGACGGCAUCUCAGACUUUGCUGGGUCUUGCCAUGGUGCUAGGUGCACAGGUGUUCUCUGCAACACAGUUUGUUUGGGAAGAAAAGGUCAUGGAGCAACAUCGUGUGGAUCCCUUGCUGGUCGUUGGACUAGAGGGGAUCUUUGGUAUUUGCCAAAUAACUGUGGGUAUGCUGCUGAUGCACUACUUUGUCGGCUCUACUAGGCAAGGUGAGGGAGGUAUCUUUGAUCUACGUGCAGGUUGGUCACAGACGCUGGGUGUGCCUAGUGUUCGAAUGAGUGCAUUCCUCUGCGCUACUAGUAUUGCCAUUUAUAAUGCCCUGGGUCUGAACGUGACAAAGGAUUUAAGCGCCACAGCACGCAGCACGAUCGAUACGUUACGCACACUUGGUAUUUGUGCAGUGAGUCUAUGUCUAGGCUGGGAAGUCUUGCGGCCAUUAUCGGGAAGUGUACAAGGCUUGGGUUUUGCUAUCAUGGCGUACGGUACAUUCGUGUUCAACGGUGUUAUAUCGGCACCAGCUUUCCUUUUGCGCAGAUCACCGGUGGCGCAUGCCGCUUGA